UUGAAGCUUAAGUUCAAGUCACACCUCAUUGACAUGAAAAACUUGCAAUUGAGCCACGAAUCUGCCACCCAAAAUCCUGCAGUGAUGCACUAGCCAUCAACAUUUCAACCGGAAUAUUCAUCUGCCACAUCUUUCAAAUUGCAGACCCAAACUUACAGAAACAUGUGGCUACUUUAAAGCUCAGAAUGCUCAAGUCCGGUGUCAUGUGGGAGGAAGAUAUGUAUAGCGGGGCGUAAUCUCAUGGCAAUCCCUGUCGUUGAGAUAACGAUUUGAAGUUUUUGUCAUAUGCAUCAGCCGUGGCGCAUACGUUGUAUCACUCCUAAUCGGCUCGCAAAGGAAGUCGUUCUGACUCGCAAGUUCAUGUGAUCACGCAGGGUCGGCCCGGGGCAUUUAAAGAGAACGCCAGAGCACUCUUGUCUCAUACCCUUCCACUACCACCAUGGCCAGUGGUUAUGAACUCCUAAAGAGCGGAGAGGACAACGAAGUCCAGUCACCCAAGCCGUAUCGCACCAUACGUCGUGUCGCGAUCGGUCUCGUCACAUGUUUGGCGUUGGUAACGCUUUCUUUUCUGCAUGUUCAUCCUCCUUUAUCAGGAGAUCUGGGAGCACAAGAUCAAUAUGACGGAGACUCCGUGAAGACCUGUGCUUCACCCACGCCCCCUGCUGCCCGUCCCCCAGCCCCGAUCAAUCCAUGGGCCUCUCUCAGCAUUGAGCAGACCGUUCAGAUCCAGAAGUGGUUGGAGGAGCCUGGUCGGGCUCUUAACCUGACGCGCGGGGCUAUAUCAAAGCCUUCAGACAAUCACAUAUUCAUGAUAGAAGCGUACUACCCGCCUAAAGCCAGCGUCCUAAGUUACUUCUCGUCGCUAUCCUCAUCAGACAUCCCGGAAAAGUAUGCACGGGUCACAAUUCACCAUGGUUCUGCACCGGAACCUGUCGUAAAGGAUUAUCUUGUUGGACCGCUUCCUAUUGGACCAUCUACUCGCAUGGAGCAUCUGACGGAGGUAUAUCAUCUCGACGCUAUUCCGCAUAAUGCACGUGGGUUUGAUACCCGUGACUGGACUUCCCCGGAAAUUUUUGAGAAGAUGGCGGCCCCUUUAAUGGAAGCAUACAAGGAACUUCUGGGCGGAACGCCCCAGGAUACUCUUACGACGGCCGGAAGUGGGCCGUUCAGCUUUGACGGUUCAUUCAGACGUCUGUGGCUUAGUUGGCGACGCAACACGCCCGGCUUCUUCUUACACCCACUUAACUUAUAUCAGUACGUUGAUCUCAGCGGUACCGAUUCCUCUCAAUGGCAUCAGUUAAAGAUUGUGUACAACCACCAAGUCUUUAGCUCCCCAGAAUCUUUCAUGGAAGCAUUCCACAAUGGCAGCCUUGAACGUGUCCCUGUUAUUGACCCUGACACCGAUCUGUCGUACAGUACUCGUAAGCGUAUCGGAGCCCAACGUGAUCUCGACCAUCUUCCUGGACCUCGUUCGGUGUCGUUUGCAGGUCUAAGGUUCCGAGUGGAUCCUGAUCUUCAGUAUGUCAGUUGGAUGGGCUGGGGCUUGUACCUUGGUUUCGACAGAGACAUGGGCUUGAGCUUAUGGGACAUCAGGUUCCGUGGUGAACGGAUUGUUUAUGAGCUCAAGCCUCAGGAAGCUCUUGCACAGUAUGCGGGCAAUGAUCCAUUCCAGGCAACGACUGCUUGGCUCGAUCGCUACUUCGGCAUGGGGCAAUCUGUCCGUGACAUGUUACCAGGCUAUGAUUGUCCACAUGAGGCCGUGUAUCUGCCAGCGACCACUUACUCGGUGAAUGGAUUAACCACACAACAGCGUGCAAUUUGCGUCUUCGAGCAUGAUAGCGGACGACCUCUUACUAGACAUCUUGGUUACGAAGAAAAUGAGUUUGGGGCAGUCAAAGGCUAUGAACUCGUGAUCAGAAGUAUUGCUACGGUCGGAAAGUGUUUUGACUAUAUCUUCCAUCUUGACGGAACCAUCGAGGUCCGCGUCUCCGCCUCCGGCUAUCUGCAAGCUGGUUUCUACGAUACAGCACAAGGGCAAUAUGGAAAUCGAAUCUGGGAAACCAGCAUGGGUAGUCUGCAUGACCACGUGAUCAACUAUAAGGUUGACCUUGAUGUGGCGGGUACAGCAAACUCGUUGUUGAAGACUACAUUGAGUCAAGAAGCAAUUACCCAGCCUUGGUUCGAGGAUGACUGGGGAGAUGAAGUCAUCCAGCAAGUAGUCACCCGAGAAUAUAUUGACGACGAGAACGAUGCCUUGUUAAAAUUUCCGGCAAACUUCCAGGGCGGCUAUGCAAUCGUAAAUCAAGAAGAGACCAACAAGUGGGGCAUAUCGAGAGGAUAUGCCGUCCAUCCGGGCUAUUCUCCGAUUCACAACACAGUCGUUGGUUCUAAGCGGCUCCUGAAGAACGCGAACUGGGCACGCUACAAUCUGGCUGUCUCCCGUCGUAAGGAGACAGAACCCUCCUCGAGCAGUAUGUGGAACUUCAAUUUACCCGGUGGCCCUCCUGUCGACUUCCACAAGUUCUUUGAUGGAGAGAAUAUUACACAAGAAGAUCUCGUUGCCUGGGUGAACCUUGGCAUGCAUCAUCUUCCCCAAUCAGAAGACGCACCUAACACACGAACAAACACAGCGACAUCAAGCUUCUUCUUGACGCCUCUUAACUACUUCGAUCACGAUGUAUCUAUCGAGUCGACCAAUGCUGUCCUCCUGAAGAACCCAGAAAAGCCUGGCGACCCCUUCACAUAUGACGACUAUGGUGUUCAACCCGCUCACUGCCUGCCGGAACACCCGUCACCUUUCGAGUACCAUCCGGCGAAGAUGUUUGACCUAGAUGGGAUCCCUGCACCUGCUUCGUCAAUUGAAGACAUGCGCAAGGCCUCGGAGUUAUAUCAUCGCAUCAAACUUGAGUUGUAGAGCCUUAUUGGAGAUGGGAAGGUGGUGUAGUGAUCAGGUAGCUAGUAAUGUGACUUCUUUGCAACAUGUGUAUCAGUCUGUCCACGAGGUUUGAACAAAAGGAGGUUCAGCUCCUGAUCCGUCUUUCA